UUCUUAGACGAAGCUAACUCCUGUUAAGACACUGGGGUUAACAAUGGUAUUAUGUUUGGCACCAAACAUAGGUCUGCAACUCACUCACACAUCAAUUUACGAGGAUCGAACAAAAGCCAAAGUAAGUACAAAAUAAACGAACCAUUUAUUAGUUACCAAUUCGUCCAGCCUCCAUUGUCAUUCUCCACCAUUUACCCAAACCCCAUCUUUCUCUUUUAUAUCUCCUUCUCUCUACUCAAUGUUUAAUAAUAACCAAUAUUGCAUCUCCGGUGACGAAGACUCCGUCGUCCUCCGCCUUGGACCUCCUAAUCAACAAUACCGUAACAAUUACAAAUCCACCAGCACUAAACCUUCUACGAAUCACGAAAUCGAUCAUAAUCUCCCUUUAACAAACCCUAAUGACGUCACCGUUGCUCUUCAUAUCGGACCUCCGGUUUCCGAAAAAGAAACCAGCGGGAACCAUGAGGGUUUGACGGCGAGGCAGGGACAGUAUUGGAUUCCUUCUCUUUCUCAGAUCCUUGUCGGUCCCACUCAGUUCUCUUGUUCUGUCUGUAAUAAAACUUUCAACCGCUUCAAUAACAUGCAGAUGCAUAUGUGGGGUCAUGGUUCGCAAUACCGAAAGGGUCCAGAAUCGCUGCGAGGGACGAAAUCAUCAUCUUCGAUACUAAGGCUGCCAUGUUACUGUUGUGCAGAAGGCUGUAAGAAUAACAUAGGCCAUCCAAGAGCAAAGCCUCUCAAAGACUUUAGAACGCUCCAAACGCAUUACAAGCGAAAGCACGGGGCGAAACCUUUUCGUUGCCGCAAAAAGUGCGAGAAGACAUUUGCGGUAAGAGGCGAUUGGAGAACGCACGAGAAGAAUUGUGGGAAGGUGUGGUUUUGCGUUUGCGGAUCGGAUUUUAAGCAUAAGAGGUCUCUCAAAGAUCACGUUAGGGCUUUUGGAGAUGGUCAUGCGGCUCACACUGUAGGUGAUCGUGUUGUAUCCAUUGGAGAAGGAGAUGGAGAUGAUGAUGAUGACGAUUUUAUGGAGGAAGAAGAUGAACGAGAUGAUGAUGAAGAAGAAGAUGGUAAUGGAGAAAGUGGUCGUGGAGAGAAGAACUACGGGAUUAGAUAUGAACACUUUGGUCGUUAUGGUCAAAUUUCUAAUGACAACUAAUUAAAUGGCCAUUUUACGAUCCAUGGGUGUUAACUAGGGUUUGUUUAAGCGAGAUGUGUUUGAUAUUAUAUUCUUCAUCACGUUAGUGAAUUUUAAAGUAUCUUUUACUAUGAAUUCCCGAAAUAAAUGUAAUGGCUUCGAUUGAUCAAAAAAAAAAAAAUGUAGUAGUUUGGGAUUUUAACUGCGUCUAACCUUGUCAUAGCUCCAUGCCUCCAUCAAACAAUUUCUGCCUUUUUAGUAAUAAAAUUUUCUUACCCAAAAAAAGUUAAUUGGUUAUCCAUAAUAAUUAAUCGGUUUGCAUUUUCUUUUGUAACCGAGAGAUAUCUCAGAUCAAGGUCAGACUGUGAUGUAAACUUUAUAGAGCACUACAAGUUUUUUUCUUAUUGGAUCUAUAACAUUAUAUACAUGCUAGGAAAUAUAUGGACAUGAAAGCUGGGAUUUAUAUACGCGCAAUCCCCAAUCUUCACAUUUCUUUAGUGUUCUCCUAAAUUUGACUACAAAACGAUGAUUUAUUAAAUGAGACCUACAAUUUUAAUUAAAAUGUAUAUGAUGCAGUGAAUAUAAAAGAGUGCACCUCUGGUGAUAAAUAAUGGAGGUAACAUACAAUGGUAAUUAAAUCGUCGAAAGUGGCAGUUCGAAUUAUCCAAACACAGAAACUGUCUGUUGUCACUUUAUAUAGUGAUGUCUAACGUUACACACAUUUGUUGUCUAUGUUACACUUGGAGAGAGAAAUUUCACGACUCUUAGGUUACUUCAGUUUCUCUGUCACUCUCCCUCCCUGUCUCAUUUUCUAUAUUUUAUCUAAUCUUUUCUCUAUGGCAUCAUGUUAUAAGUGAUUUUUGUUUUAAAAAAUCCAAAGCGAGUAUUUUUCAAACACACACUGUUAUUAUAACCAAAAAACUACGUAAGCUAGUUAAACUGUCAGACUACUUGUCAUAAAUAUCUUGAUUCGAAUAUAAAUAAAAUGUCGUGUAGAAUUUUGGUUCCAAACUUUGAGUAAAUUGAUCCAGUAAGGUACGGAGUAUUAAAUGUUGUUUUGGAAAUUGUACACUGAUAGAUAUUAAUUUCAGAAAAGGAAAAAACUGAGAGAUUGUAAAGAGUACCUGAUACUCCAUUUAAUUUCAUUUCACAAAAGUGUAUAUUUAUGACUAAAGUAUGUGGAUAUUUUUUUUUUAACGAUGAUUUAUUAUGAUUUUACGAUUAUGAUAUGAGAAAGAUUAUAUAGACGAUUCGACAACUGACAAUACUACCUGCUUUCUGAAGACCUACGCCUAACUGCAUCACCUGAGCCAUGCUAUGAAGAUCCACGCCUGACAAGAUUUACUUGCACCAUGUUGAAGAUUCCUUGUAAGCAUUUCUUCCGUAGUCUGCAUAAUUGUUUAAUAAAUCGGUUUGUCCGGGACUUGAAACCUGGAGUUCUUGUAAUCUGCAAUAAAUUGCAUAGUCUGGGAUUCGAACCCCAAACCUGGGUAUAGAAACCUUUAAACCUUAACUACUAGGCUACGGUGCUUCCACGUGUGGAUACUUUUUUUUAAACACUAGUUAUAUUAACAAAGAAGAUUACGUGAGGAGGAAUUCAUUUUGGAAUACAUAAGUCGGCAGGUUUUACAAACCUCCGGAGAUGAAAGUUCCAAGAUCGGAGAGACUUAGUCCCAAACACCGGAAGACUAAAACCAAGAACAUUAACCCCAAUUAAGAAUCUUACCUUUGGAUAAAAGACGGUUCUUAGUUUUUCUUAGAUUUUAACUAAGAAAAGCUAAGAAAUGUUUCUAACCGUUUCUUAGCCGAAAAGUGUAAAAAAAAAAACAAAAACCAAAAAAGUGUCAAAUCAUGAGUUAAGAACUCCGGUUAAGAGACCGGGGUUAAUCAUGUCGUGGUUGAUUGUUUGUAGUUUUUUUAACUAGUUUUUGUUUUUCCAAAAACUACUUUUUAGCCAAUCAAAAUUUGUGAAAAAUUGAUUCCCUAUAAAUUAGGAAAACAAGUUUUUAAAAUAACUAGGAAAAAUUGUUUUUUUACGCCAAAAAAAUGGUAACUAUGUCACAUUAGACUAAUCUCACAUAUUUUAUGCCACAUUAGGCUAAUUAUUUUCAAAAUGGCAAUAAUACACUUAAAUUCAAUUAUAAAUUUGAAAUUAUAAUUAACAAAACAAUUGUAGAUAUUAAAAUAUAAUAAAUAAUUAAAGUAAUUAAAAUAAAAGAAAACAUUAAAAUCCUCAAAAAAAAAACUAAUCUAAACCUACACUUUAUGUCCCACAAAUUUUUUUUUUCUGAAAAUUUGAUUUUUUUUUC